GAGAGCAUAUAAAUUCCGACUUUACGUUUUUACAUGCAUUUUUGGACCACCCUAAUGUUCAUAUCUUAAAAGCCACUUAUGUUUAUCAAUCUCGGUCAAAUGUUGGACAAUAUUGAUUUAAAAAAAAUCGUUAUCUAUAAGACAGAAAUACAAACCAAAUCUUUAGUUUUUUGCAAAUGUCCCUAAAAAUUAAAUAUUUGUUGUAGACUACGACUUUCUUGAGGUGGAUAAAGUAGCAACUUUAAAUUUUUUUAGUCAUGCGUUGAAACUAAUAGAUUGUACUUUAGAUUUAAACCCCAGUUAAUCUCCCGGUAUUUGAGGAAAGGUGCUGAAGUGACAGUCCUUGGCCACAUAUUAAUCUGGGUGCUUCCGGUUACGUUGCGUCGUAGUGACGUGAUAUAUAUACAUAUGUAUGUUGUGUUAACGUAUGGCAUUAAUUAAAAUAAUAAAUUUUCUGAUUGCUUUAGGUAAUUACUGCUAUACAGAUCUUACUGUUAAAAAAAAAAUUAUCGGUGAAACGUAUUUUUGCAUAGAUUUAUUUAAUUAGGCAGUGCAGUAAUACAAGCUAACUAUUUAAGUGAACUUUGCACCAAGAACUAAAAGACAGCGCGCUCUUACUCUCUUAAAAAAAAAACCUUAUAAACAACAAAUAAAUAAGUAAUUACUAACUUUCGUAUGCCAAAAAAAUGAGCACCAAAGGGAUUAAGAGAGCGGCUAGCUUACGUACAAAUAAUUCAUUGGCUGACAAAUUAAACAUUUUGCAGCGCCCAGUAGUUGAACGCGGAACGCCAACAAGUGCGGAAGCAUAUAAAGGUGUUUUUCCAUGUAAAGAGAGAAAAAACAUUGAUUGUCAUUUUGCCGGCGUUCAAAGGUGAUCAUGUCACUACGAUUCUAUUAUGAUUUGAUGUCGCAGCCAUCGCGUGCACUGCACAUCAUACUAAAAAUAAGCGGUGCUCAGUUCGAAGAUUGUCCAGUAGCGCUGCGAAAAGGUGAACACUUAACUGAAGAGUUCAAGCAAAAUAUCAAUCGUUUCCAGCGGGUGCCCUGCAUUAAUGAUGAUGGUUUCAAAUUGGCUGAAAGUAUUGCCGUAUUAAGGUACCUCAGCGCAAAAGGUAAAAUUCCCGAAUAUCUCUAUCCGAAAUAUUUCUUGGAGCAAGCGCGGGUGGAUGAAUUUCUCGAAUGGCAGCACAACACGCUACGCAUCUCUUGCGCCCUUUAUUUCCGCACAAUUUGGUUAGAUCCUUUGCUCACCGGAAAUCGUCCGACGACUGAGAAAAUUGAAAAACUCAAAAAUCAAAUGGAAGGCAAUUUGGAUAUCAUCGAGAAUGUGUGGCUGGCAAAAACCGACUUCCUAACCGGACAACGAUUGACAGUGGCCGAUAUUUUUGCGGCUUGCGAAAUCGAACAGACACGUUUGGCUGAUUAUGAUGUGCGCAUAAAAUAUCCAAAAAUCAAAGCAUGGCUAAAACGCGUUCGCGCCGGCUGCAAUCCGCACUAUGAUAAAGCCCACGAAAUGGUUUAUAAGAUAAGCGGCACUGCCCCAAAUGCGAAGCUGUGAAAAUCCAUUAACUUCAAAUGCUGAAUUUUUUGUUACUUUCGCAUAAAUAACUAAUAGUAGGCAAGUAAGAAAAGAAAAUGAAAUAAAGAAUUAAAAAAUUAAUUAAA